AUAUAGUUCAUUUGUAAGACAAGCAACCCAGGUUAAGAUUUUCUACCAAUUAACAGUCGUAUUACAAGCCGGAAAUUUAGUGCAUGUUCAAAAUUAAUUUAUAAUAUCUGUGUAAAAUUAAAUAAAAAUAUGUCUUUCUUACAAAAUAUUUUUAAACGUUAUAUCCCAACUGUAAAGGCUGAAGAUGAAGAAAUAGUUGAUCCUCAAAAACUACUUCGUGAAAAAUGUUCAAAACUACCUAAUUGUAGUGCCAUGCAAGAUAAAUUAAACACUUGUAACGACCGUGUUAAUUCAAGAAAAGAAACUGAAGAAACUUGUAUGGAAGAAUUAAUUGAUUAUGUAGAAUGUAUAGAUCAUUGUGUAGCAAAAACGCUUUUCACUAAGCUUAAAUAAGGUUAUGAUUUUAUUAAAAAUGUGAUUUUUAUUAUAAAACAUGUUACAAAUUAAUUCAAUACAUUGUAGAUAAUAUGUAAUGUUAGGAAUAAAUGAUAAUAUAUCAAUAAAUAGUAAUUUUUAUCAAUA